UUUUCUCAUUCUACCACUCUCUUUGAGAGCAGUCCAAGUCGUUGAAAAUGGAGAAGGGAAAAAGAAAAUUAUCCAACCCUAAAGACCAUUUUCAAGUCUUAUUCCCCAAAUUCUCAUGGCGGAGUAAGCGGAGCCAAACAAUGAUCAAUGACACCCUUCUCCUUUGGCAUAAAUCCAAGCACUGCCGGCCAAGGGACGGCAGGUUCAAUCAAACUUUGCCACCACCUAUCCCUACAUUCCCAAUGUUUUUAUCCACUUUCAUGAUUACUAUGUCACCUAGGUGCUACCGUCAAACACUCAGUCGGAGACUAAUCCCUGCUUCUGAGGUUUAAUGGGGUGUAUUCAGACCAAGACCAACUCCCCAACUCAUGGACCUCAUGGCCUCGACAAGUUGAAAGUUGAUCAUGGGUAUGUCAAGGGAGGUGGGGAAGGGAAACCCUUUGCCCUGAAAGCCCCGGGAAAGGCGCCGGUGAGGGUUAAUGCCGAGGUUAAGGUUGAUAGUGGAGGAGGAGGUGGGAAGGGUGUGGUUAGUAGAGAGACAGAGAGAGGCAAUGUUUCAGGAAGGCUUACAGUGACGCAGACUGGAGGAGAUGAUGAUGAAAUUGUGGAUGGCUGGCCAAAGUGGCUUGUUGAUAAUGUGCCUCGAGAUGUUUUGGAUGGCUUGGUUCCGAAGAGUGCUGAUUCAUAUGACAAGCUUGCUAAGGUAGGCCAAGGAACCUACAGCAAUGUGUACAAAGCUCGUGAUAGAGACACCAAAAAGAUUGUUGCUUUGAAAAAGGUCCGGUUUGACACAUCAGAGCCAGAGAGUAUCAAGUUUAUGGCGAGGGAGAUAAUGAUAUUACGGAGGCUAGAUCAUCCCAAUGUCAUCAAGCUUGAAGGACUAGCCACGUCAAGGAUGCAAUAUAGUCUAUAUUUGGUCCUUGAAUUCAUGCAAUAUGACCUGACUAAAAUAAUCUCACGUCCUGAAGAGAGGCUCACUGAACCACAGGUAAAGUGCUAUAUGCAGCAACUGCUUUCUGGUCUCCAGCACUGCCAUGAGAAAGGAAUUCUACACAGAGACAUUAAACCUUCAAACUUGCUAAUAGACAAGAAUGGGAUGCUCAAAAUUGCAGAUUUUGGGCUAGCGAACUUCUUCCCUCCCAAACAAAAACGUCCUCUUACGAGCCGAGUUGUGACUCUCUGGUAUAGAGCCCCAGAGCUCUUGUUAGGCUCUACAGAUUACGGAGUUGGUAUUGAUCUUUGGAGUGCAGGAUGUCUACUGGGAGAAAUGUUUGUAGGAAGGCCAAUUAUGCCUGGGAGGACUGAGGUUGAGCAACUUCAUAGAAUCUUCAAGCUUUGUGGUUCCCCCUCAGAUGAUUACUGGAAGAAAAUGAAGUUACCAACAAGCUUCCGACCCCCACAUCAUUACAAACCUAGUUUUGAAGAAUUCUUCAGGGACUUCUCGAUGCCAUCAUUUGGUCUGUUGAUCACUCUUCUUGCUCUUGACCCGACAUCUCGUGGCAGUGCUGCUUCUGGUCUCCAGAGCGGAUUCUUUAGUUCAAGUCCAUCGGCGUGUGACCUUUCAGCUCUACCAGUGCUGUAUAAAGAGGAGGAUGAUCCGGCUCAAAGAAAGGAUCGGAAGAAGGUCUACAAAGUAAGGCAAUGGUCUCAAACAAACCGUGAUUUUCAUCAAAGAAGGGUCCAGGGAAGAGGAGAAUUUGGAUCUUUGAAUGAGGAAAAGAAUGCGGAAACUGGAAGUACACACAGCCAAGAAAUGGGAAGCAUAUAUAGCCAAGAUAUGGGCAACACUAGUGUAAGCAGCAGCGCUUCCUCCUGUUUUAGACCCUCCAUACACGAGAACUUGAAUGCAUCUCUUUCCCCAAUAAUCCGCUCGCAUCAAAAAAGAUUUCCAAGCACCGAGGGUCAUCCCAAUGCUCUCAAGAACAUUAAUCCUGAUGCUCUCAAAAACAUCAACAACUUUACUCUCUUACAGGCCUCUAUAAAAGAUAUCGUCAACCACACUGAAGGCGGUACAUACCGGAGAUCUCAUUCAACGCUAGACUUCCGAAAUUUUGAUCCUGAGAAGAUGUUUGGAUUCGACAAAGUAUAGGCAAUCAGAACAUAUCUUUAUCAGCUCAAGCUUUCUACCCCUUCUGGGUUAGAAACUUAUAAUUCUUUUUCCCAGUUUUUUGGUCUCAAAUUUCCCUUACAUGAGUUUGUGCUAUAAACAAUAAUUCUGUCUCUGUAAACUUUUUUUGUUCACAGAUUACCUAUGGAAAAUUCUCCAUAAAAUAAAAGAAGUUGGUUUUGCACUGAAUAGUAAGAUGACAGAAAAAGUAGUUGUGUAAUGAUUCAUUGGACAAUAGACAUGAUUUGCUAA